AUGAAUCAGGACAAUUUCCCAUUGAAAUUCCGCCGAGCCUCCAGCAAACUGUCCAAGGAAGCCCCUAGCUUCAGUUCGCGCAUUCUUCGGAGUCAUCAGAGCGCUACCUCGUUGAAACGCACCCCCUCCGCCCCCGUCUACCCGCGCUCCUCUCCUAGCAGCAGCCGCGAGCACAACCGGUCGCGAUCCAACGCACAGUUCCCGGGCUCCUCGUCCUCCUCCCUAGAGCAGAACAGUGGCGGUCCCUCGCCAUUGAAUGACGAAUCCAGUGGCUUUUUCUCCGGCUUCACCUCACGCUCCCGCACCCGCAGCUCCAACCGUUUCUCUUACACCGAGCAGAGCUCGGAUGAAUUAAACGCCCCUUACGAAACGCGGGGCAUGCUCAGUGCCCUGGACGAGAACAUCGCCGAGCCAGACCCUCAUUCCCAGCAGAAGCCUCCACUCCGCUCCCAUCACACCAGCCCCGAUAAUCGCGGCCGCCACUCCCUCCGGCAGUCCGCCAGCUUCACCACCCUCACGAACCGCAUGGAUCCAUUCGCCCACCGCGAAACCGAGCGGGUGACGAACGUUAAUGGCAACAAACGGUAUUCUGAUGAUGGUGCUAACACUCCGCCGGCGCCCCGAACAAGGCAGAGCAAGAAGGCGAGCUUCUCGAGAUUCGUGGACAGUAUGCUGGGAACUCCCGGUCGCAACAUGAAGAUUUCAGCUCCAGAGAACCCAGUCCACGUCACCCACGUCGGUUACGACAACCAGACCGGUCAGUUUACAGGACUGCCCAAAGAGUGGCAGCGCCUCCUCCAGGAGAACGGCAUCUCGAAGAAGGAACAGGAAGAGCACCCGCAGACUAUGGUGGAUAUCAUGCGAUUCUACGAAAAGAACACCCGCGGCGACAGUGACGACGAAGUCUGGCACAAAUUCGACAACGCGCAAGCCACGAGCCCCAGCGGACGACAAUCGCCCCCAGGAAGCCCGCGAUUCCCACAAAACCACGAGCGUAGCUUUGAGAAUCCGCGGUCGCCUCCACCGGUUCCUCGCGGUCCUCCGGUUGGCACACCAUCGAUGUCUCCCUCGUCUGCGGGCAUGGUCCCUCAUCGCGCUCCCCCGAAGCCACCGACCGGGAUGACCCCCUCCCGCGCUCCUCCCCAACCACCCGUCUCGAACCUGUACGCAAGCCCGCAGCCCCAACGGUCCCAGGACAACUAUGGACCUACGUUUGGUACCCCGACCAUCCCGGAAACCGAACCGUUGCCCGUCUCUCCCCAGCGCAGUCCCUCCGGCUCCCGAAAUGGCACCCCCGCCUCCAGCGCCCCCAACGUCAUCGCAUCCCCAACCCAAUACCAGCGUCAGCAGGAGCAGGUCAUGGCCGCAGCCCAACAGGCCUUGGAUCGGAACCGCACGCAGCGACAGCAGGCCCAGCAACCUCCCCCAAUUUCCACCUCUACGACUGCGCCCGCACCUGACCUCUCCUCUGGGGUGUCGCCCACUGUGCGCGCGCCGCCGGCUGCCCGCCCGCGCCAGCGCCAGCGCCAGAGUAAUGCCAUGGAUAUUCGGUCGCGUCUCAUGUCUAUUUGUCACCCUGGAGAUCCCACGCAGAUCUACUAUAAUCUCAACAAGAUUGGCCAGGGUGCAUCGGGUGGUGUGUUCACCGCGUAUGAACACCCCCAUAAUAACUGUGUUGCCAUCAAGCAGAUGAACUUGGACCUGCAGCCCAAGAAGGAACUGAUUAUUAAUGAGAUUUUGGUCAUGAAGGACAGUAAGCACAAGAACAUUGUGAAUUUCCUGGAAAGCUUCCUCCACGGGCUGGAUCUGUGGGUGGUCAUGGAGUAUAUGGAAGGUGGCAGUCUGACAGAUGUGGUCACCUUCAACAUUAUGAGCGAAGGACAAAUUGCAGCUGUCUGCCGUGAGACCCUGAAUGGCUUGCAGCAUUUGCACUCCAAGGGCGUUAUCCAUCGUGAUAUCAAGUCCGACAAUAUUCUUUUAGCAUUGGAUGGCAACAUCAAACUGACCGAUUUUGGUUUCUGUGCUCAAAUCAACGAUUCGCAAAACAAGCGCAACACCAUGGUCGGAACUCCAUACUGGAUGGCUCCCGAGGUCGUCACUCGCAAAGAGUAUGGUCGCAAGGUCGACAUCUGGAGUUUGGGUAUCAUGGCCAUUGAGAUGAUCGAGGGCGAGCCUCCCUACUUGACGGAAUCCCCUCUCAGAGCCCUAUACCUCAUUGCCACCAAUGGCACGCCCACCAUCAAAGAUGAACACAACCUAUCCCCCAUCUUCCGUGAAUUCCUCCACUUUGCACUCAAGGUUGAUCCCGAGAAGCGUGCAUCUGCUCACGAUUUACUGAAGCACCCAUUCAUGUCCCUCUGCGCACCGCUUUCGCAUCUCGCCCCCUUGGUCAAGGCUGCCCGGAUCAGCCGUGCCCAAGAGAAGGCCCAAAAAGGAGGCGCUUGA